AUGGCCGACUUCGAUUACGACAGCCUUCCUCAGACUGUGGAUAUUUUCUUUGAACCGGACUCCAACAUUAUUGAUGUCAAGCUAUUUGAUUACCUGCUUCCUUCAGGUUCGGGCCCCAACGCUCAACCGAAAGUCGCCCAGCUUGACCUGAAAUACAAGUACUCUCCUGAGACUCCGUGGGCUCCUUUGCACGAAGUGGUUGAGGACCGGAUCGAAAGGAUUAAAAAGUAUUACUGGAACGUAUGGGAUCUUGGAACAGAGGAAGAGUUCGAGAAUCUGCCCACUGCCUCCAAUGCAAUUUUCCAUGGACCCAACGUCGAUAUUUUGGAGGAGGACAUCAUAUUGUUUUCCACCAUAGUCGGCAAUGACUCCGAUGCCUACCGCUCCUCUGGCCCCAACACCGAGGUCCCCAUGGAUUUCGGCAUCAAAUUGGGAUGGAAAGCCAUCAUGAAGCCCCUAUUCCCCAAAUCGAUCCCUGGUGAUUUGCUUGCCCUGGUGCAUUUGAGCAACCGAUUUGAUAUGAGAGAUCGAGCUCCACGGCUCAAGGUCGGCGAUACAGUCACCAGCGAAGCUAAGAUUGCUAGCAUUACUAAUGGCGAGACUGGCAAGACGGUGGCAGUCAAAGGAACUGUCUUUUUACUCAAGGAUGGCGAGAAAACCCCGGUCAUGGACGUCAUUUCAUCCUUCUUUUACCGCGGCCGCUUCGACGACUUUGACGCAACCUUUAUGUCGGAAGACGAUCCGGAGUACAAAGUCACGAUGAACUCGACUACCGACAUCUCGGUAUUAAAAUCGAAGGAUUGGUUUGAUUGGAAGGACGAAAACGUCAAGCUCGCUCCUGGUCAAACUCUUACAUUCCAAACCUCAUCCUCCUACAGAUACAAGGAGAAGGGAAUGUAUGCUUCGGUCAACGUCGAUGGCUCGGCUUAUCUCACUGGAAUCGGUUCCGACCCUAAUGAACUUGUCCAAGUCGCCAUCAUCUCUUACACCUCCGCUACCCCGUCCAAAGGCAACCCCGUUCUGGAGUACCUGAAAAGAUCCGGUAAGCCAGUCGGUCAGCAUAUCCUCUUCCCCACUGGUGGCUACCUCAUCAAGGACGAAAACAAUACCAGCGAAAUCAAAACUCCGCCGAACAACCUGCCGUACUCACAAGCCAGCGCGGAUUGGAACCCCAUUCACUGCAACCCGUACUUCGCCAGCUUAGCCUCCCUGCCUGGCACGAUUACGCACGGGAUGUGGUCUAGUGCUGCUACUCGAAGUGUUGUCGAGAGGGUAGCCGCCGAGGGUCAUGGUGCGCGUGUCAAGAGCUACGAUGUCUCUUUUACCGGCAUGCUUUUGCCCAAUACCACUCUGAAGAUCGAGCUCAAACACAUCGGCCAAACUUCCAAGGGCUACAAACUGAUCUCCGUCACCACUUACGCUCUGCCUGGCGAAUCAUCCUCGUCCGCCGAACCUACGAAGGUGUUGGUUGGUACCGCAGAGGUUGCGCAAGCUUCGACUGGCUACGUUUUCACUGGCCAGGGGAGUCAAGAGCCCGGAAUGGGCAUGGCGCUCUACAACGAAUCGGCGGUUGCCCGGGCAGUUUGGGACGAAGCCGACAGACAUCUGGGAGAGGUUUACGGAUUCAGCAUCCUCGAGAUCGUCCGCAACAAUCCCAAGGAGAAAAUCGUCCAUUUCGGCGGGAUCAAAGGGCACGGAAUUCGUCAGCGCUACAUGGAGAUGUCCUACCAGACCACCGACAAAGAUGGAAACGUCAAGACCCUCCCAUUGUUUGGUGACAUCGACCUCCGGACCUCUCGCUACACCUUUUCGUCUCCAACCGGUUUGUUGUAUGCCACUCAAUUCGCACAGAUCGCCUUGGUUGUCACCGAAAAAGCGGCAUUCGAAGAUCUCCGAGAGAAAGGACUGGUCCAGGAGGGCGCCCCCUUUGCUGGCCACAGUCUCGGAGAGUAUUCCGCCCUCGCCAGUAUUGCUGGCGUUUUGCCGAUUUCAUCCCUUGUCGAUGUCGUUUUCUUCCGAGGUAUCACGAUGCAACGUGCUGUUGAACGAGACGACCAAAACCGGUCCAAGUACGCCAUGGCCGCGAUUAACCCUAGCAGAAUCGGUAAGAGCUUCAGCGAUGCAGCUCUGCGUGAAGUGGUCGAUACGAUCUCCAAGCGUUGUCAAGUCUUGCUCGAAAUCGUCAACUUCAACGUCGAAGGCCAGCAAUAUGUCACCGCCGGAGAACUUGUGGCGCUCCAAACCCUCACCAACGUCUUGAAUUUCUUGAAGGUCCAGAAAAUCGACAUCGCUGAACUCCAACAGAAAAUGUCUCUGGAGAAGGUCAAAGAACACUUGAUCGAAAUCGUCGACGAGUGUCACAAGGAGUCUCUACUGAAGGAAGAGAAACAGGGAUUCAUUGUCCUUGAGCGCGGAUUUGCCUCAAUUCCUCUUCCUGGCAUCGAUGUGCCAUUCCACUCGCGCUACCUCUGGGCCGGUGUCAUGCCCUUCAGAGCCUAUCUCUCCAAGAAGUUGAACCCAGCUCACAUGAACCCUGAGCUCCUCAUCGACAAGUACAUUCCCAACUUGACUGCCGAACCUUUCCAAAUCUCCAAGGCCUACGCCGAGCGAAUCUACCAGCAGACCAACUCCCCCCGCCUAGAGAAAACGCUGAAAAAUUGGGUCGAGGAUGGCUGGGACCUGCCCGAAAAUCGAAGCAAGCUUGGUUACGUCAUUAUCGUCGAGCUUCUGGCUUACCAAUUCGCAUCACCAGUACUCUGGAUUCAAACUCAGGAUCAGCUGUUUUCCCACCACAAGUACAAUAUCGAGCGACUGAUCGAAUUCGGCCCAUCUCCAACCCUCACCGGCAUGGCUUCUCGUACUUUGAAACUGAAGUACGAUACGCAAGAUACAGCUCACAACAUGUCCCGAGAGAUCCUUUGCAUUUCGAAAAACAUCAAAGAGAUCUACUACCAGUACGAAGACGAGGUUGAGGCUGAGGCUUCCUCACCAGCGGCCAACGAACCCGCGGCCGCUUCUCCUGCCGCCGUUGCCGUCGCUGCCCCAGCCCCUGUCGCUGCUAGCUCCGGACCUGUCAUCGCUGUCGCUGACGAGCCACUGCAGGCUGUCGAAACACUCCGUGUCUUGGUUGCUCAAGGCUUGAAAAAACCUUUGGAUGAUGUGCCCCUUUCCAAGGCAAUCAAGGAUUUGGUCGGCGGCAAGUCCACUCUGCAAAAUGAACUGCUCGGCAGUGCUCAGGCUGAAUUCGGCUCGGCACCGGACAAGGCGGAGGAGAUGCCAUUAGGAGAAUUGGGUGCUGCACUCCAAUCCAGCUACGGUGGCACUAUGGGCAAGCACAUGAGUGCUCUGGUAUCGCGACUCAUCGGUAGCAAGAUGCCUGGAGGUUUCGGAAUGUCAGGCGUGAAGAGUCAUCUUUCUAAGUCCUGGGGCUUAGGACCGGGCCGAACCGAAGGUGCUCUCCUGAUGGCCUUGACCAUGGAACCGCCCAAACGAUUGGGCUCGGAGGGAGAGGCCAAAUCCUAUCUCGAUUCGGUCGUCCAAGCUUACGGAAAGCAUUCCGGUCUCGCUCUGUCUCAAGGUGGCCCAGCCGGUGCGGCCGGAGGCAGCGUUGGCGGUGCUGUGAUCAACUCGGAGGAAUUCGAGAAGUUCCAGCAGAGUCAAGACACAUUUGUAUCUCAGCAACUCGAAGUCUUGUUGCGAUACUUGAAGAGAGAUUCACGCGAUGGCUACCGCUUACACGACCUCAAGCAUGCCGAUUACAUGCGGGUCCAAGACGAGUUGGAUAGUAUCCAGAAAGAACACGGCGAAAAUUACCUCAAAGGCAUCCAGCCUGUCUUCGAUCCUCUCAAGGCCCGCCACUUUGACUCGGCGUGGAACUGGGUUCGACAAACCGCCCUCGAGAUGUUUUUUGACAUUAUUUACGGCCGGUUGAAGACUGUCGAUCGUGAUAUUACCGCCAAGUGCCUGGUAAUCAUGAAUCGAGCCAAUCCUGCUUUGCUCGACUACAUGCAAUAUUACCUCGACCACACGGAUGCCAGCAAGGGCGAACGAUACCGUCUCGCAAAGGAGUUUGGACAGAUGCUCUUGAGCAACUGCCGGGAAGCUGUCGGUGCAGCUCCCUUGUACCGAGAUGUCACUUUUCCCACGGCACCAAAGACUACCGUAACCCUCAAAGGUGAAAUUGUUUACGAGGAGGUCAACCGCGUGGGCGUUUCUCGACUCGAGCGCUAUGUGGCUGAGAUGGCAGCUGGAUCGAAAAUUACUGCCGAGAUGAAUUUGGACAAGGUCCAGGAAUCCAUCCAGAACCUGUACAAACUUGUCAAGUCUCAACCGACCAUCGCCAAAUCCCAGAUGGCAGCGAUCCGAUCCUUAUACGGAGAGGUUGUCAAAGGUCUCUCGCCCCACGAGCGCAAUCGAGCUGGCACCGGACCUAGAAGUCGUCGGCCUUCCAGUCAAUUCUUGCGGCCUGUGCAAGUCGAGCCGACUGCCCUUUCGGGCGACAAAACACCCUUAUUGCACCUCAAACGGAAAGUGGGAAGCAACUGGGUCUACAGCAGCAAACUCACCACACUUUAUCUCGAUGUCUUGACCGAAAUCGCAUCCGCGGGAACCACGUUCGAGCACAAGAAUGCCUUGUUGACUGGUGUCGGUAAGGCCAGUAUCGGAGUAGAGAUCUUGAAGGGUCUGUUGAGCGGAGGCGCACAUGUAAUUGUGACCACUUCUCGUUACUCUCGUGCGACGGUGGAAUACUACCAGGCUAUUUACCAAGAAGUUGGAUCGCGCGGCAGUCGACUCACCGUUGUUCCUUUCAAUCAGGGAUCCAAGCAAGAUGUUGAAGCCUUGGUUGACUACAUCUACUCCACCGAUAAAGACAAGGGGUUGGCCAUGGACCUCGAUUACAUCUUGCCCUUCGCAGCGAUUCCGGAGAACGGACGAGAAAUCGAUGGUUUAGAUGACCGCUCCGAACUUGCUCACCGAGUGAUGCUGACCAACCUGCUUAGAUUGAUGGGCGAGGUCAAGAAGAAAAAGCAUGCUCUCAAACUCGUCACCCGCCCUACCCAAGUUGUCCUGCCGCUGUCCCCCAAUCACGGCAACUUCGGUAACGAUGGUCUCUACUCUGAGUCGAAAAUCUCGCUCGAGACCUUGUUCAAUCGAUGGUCUUCUGAGUCCUGGGUUGAGCCGGUAUGGGCAGACUUGAACGGAGGCAUGGACAAGCUACCCGAUCUGGCGGAAAUCAGCAUGAAAGUUCGCCAGGAGCUUAACGAAGUCGCUAACGUCCGCUCGAAGAUCAGUCUCGACAAUGCUAUCGACUUCAAAGUUAUCCAUGGCGCCGAAGCCGAAGCGAUUCACCAUCCAGUCAAAAUUUCACCACGUGCGAACUUCACUCUACCGAUGCCCAAGCUGCGCCCCAACUUCGACAAUGAAACAAGCAUGACCUUGCUUCGUGGUAUGCUAGACCUAGACAAGGUUAUCGUCAUCGCUGGUUACGCCGAAGUUGGACCAUUUGGUAGCUCUCGUACCAGGUGGCAAAUGGAAGCUAAAGGCGAAUUCAGUAUCGAAGGCUUACUCGAAUUGGCCACAAUCACCGGUCUGAUCAAAUUCGUGGAUGGCAAACUCAAGAAUGGCAAACAGUACGUCGGUUGGGUAGAUGCUCAGACGGAAGAGCCGGUCGAUGACUCCCAAGUCAAAUCGAAGUAUGAAGCCCAAAUCUUGGCGCAUACCGGGGUUCGGUUUAUCGAGCCGGAGCUCUUCCGAGGCUAUGAUCCCAAGCGCAAGGGAUACACCCAAGAAAUCGAGCUCAAUCACGAUUUGGAAGCCAUUGAGACCUCGCGAGCCGAUGCCGAGAAGUUCAAAUUACAGCACGGUGACAAGGUUGAUGUCUGGUUCGACGGUGACAAAUGCUUCAUCCGCUUCAAGAAGAAUGCCAAGAUUAUGAUCCCCAAAGCCGUCAGAUUCGACCGACUUGUGGCCGGCCAAAUCCCCACUGGCUGGGACGCUCGAGUCUUUGGUAUUCCAGACGAUAUCAUUGCCCAAGUCGACCGAACUUCCCUCUGGGCGCUUGUAUGUACUGCCGAAGCACUCAUGAUGGCUGGGAUAACCGAUCCGUAUGAGCUAUACAAGUACAUCCAUCCCAGCGAAGUGGGAACUUCCCUCGGUUCUGGAAUGGGUGGAAUGAGCAGUUUGUCAAAAAUGUUCCGCGACAGACGUGAAGAGAAGGAUGUACAGAAAGACAUUCUGCAAGAAACCUUCAUCAACACUGUCGCCGGCUGGGUCAACUUACUCUUAAUGUCGUCCAGCGGUCCCAUCAAAAUCCCAGUGGGUGCUUGUGCCACCGCAUUGCAAUCAGUCGAAAUUGCAUGCGACACCAUUCUCAGCGGAAAAGCGAAAGUGAUGAUUGCUGGUGGAUUCGACGACUUUGAUGAAGAAGGAAGUCUCGAAUUUGCAAACAUGCAAGCCACCAGCAACACUGAAACAGAACUAGCCGCCGGACGCGAACCCAAUGAAAUGUCUCGUCCGACCACCAGCACUCGAGCCGGAUUCAUGGAGUCUCAAGGAUGUGGUGUCCAAGUGCUCAUGUCUGCCAAGACUGCCAUCGAGAUCGGUGCCAGUAUCUACGGCAUUGUAGCUUACACCGCAACUGCGACUGACAAAGCUGGCCGAAGUGUUCCUGCACCUGGCCGUGGUGUUCUUUCUACUGCCCGUGAAGCCCCGGGCAAAGUUCCAGCUCCCAUCCUAGACCUCGAAUGGAGAAAGCGCCAACUGGCUUUCAGAAGAAUGCAGAUUUCGCAAUGGUUAGACAACGAAAUCGACAUCUUCAAGAGCAUGGUUUCUAACCUUGAGAAAGCUGGCCAACCAAUGCCCUCCGACGAGAUCGCCGAGAGGUAUGCUGCUAUCGAGAAAGAAGCGAAACGUCAAGAAAAGGAAGCCCAAUCUACUUUUGGAAUGCUUACUGGUGAAGACCCCACAGUUGCUCCGCUGAGACGCGCCUUAGCUGUUUGGGGACUGAACAUCGAUGACGUUGGAGUAGCCUCGUUCCAUGGUACUAGUACCAAGGCAAAUGACAAGAACGAAAGUUCGGUUUACAACCAGCAAUUCCAGCAUCUCGGUCGAUCACGCGGUAAUGCUGUCCCUGUGGUAGCGCAGAAAUGGCUUACUGGUCAUCCCAAGGGUGGUGCUGCAGCAUGGAUGAUGUGCGGCGUUACACAAGCUAUCCAGGACGGUAUCAUUCCCGGCAACCGGAACGCCGAUAACAUUGGUCCUGAGCUGCAGGAGUUUGAAUUUUUGGUAUACCCCUCCAAGUCGAUCCAGACGGACGGUAUCAAGGCCGGUCUCUUAACUUCGUUCGGAUUCGGCCAAGUUGGUGGACAGGUAUUGGUUGUCCAUCCCGAUUACUUGUUGGCGGCCAUCGAGCCAGCCGAAUAUGAUUCAUACAAAUCCAAAAGAUUUGUUCGCGAGCGCGCCUUACCGCAAGUUCAACGAUUUCUUGACCAAGCGUUCGCUGGUGAUCCUGAAGGAAACCCCUCCUUACACACCCGAACUAGAACCUCACGUUCUUUUGAACCCACUCGCCCGAGUAUCGAAGGACUCGACUGGAUCCUACUCCUUCCCGAAGAAGCCGGACCAUUUACCCACCAGAGUGAAUGUUGCCGCCAAGACAGCUUCGUUGGCGGCUACAAUCACUCAGAAGUACGAAAAUGA